GAGCCUGCCUCCUUUAAAAGGUUAAUAUCCGGCUUCUCCACGACGCGUCAUAAAGCCAAAGGUAGAGCUCCUUCGUCCGCCUUCGCUUCCUUGGAAAAGAAGAAAGGGGCUCCCAUCUUUUUCCCAAAGCCCAAACCCUAGAGCAGUCACAGAGGCUGAAGAUGCAAUUUGUUUAGUGCUCUUUCGAUCCCUCGGUUUCGUGUUCUUGUUCGGCAGAUUCGAGUAGCAAAAAGCUCUUUAUUUCGUUUUGGAAUAUCGGUACGCUUUAGCUGGUAGCAGCAGGAGAGGAGAUCCAGCGAUGCCGGCGAUUGCGCUGCAGUCUUUGCCCCUGGGUUUUCGGUUCCAACCUAAGGACGAGGAGCUCGUCAACCACUACCUCAAGAACAAGAUCACCGGCCGGAUCAAAUCCGAAGUGGAAGUCAUCCCGGAGAUUGAUGUCUGCAAGUGCGAACCGUGGGAGCUUCCUGCGAAAUCCCUGAUCAAGUCGGAGGAUCCCGAAUGGUUCUUCUUUGCGCCAAAGGAUCGGAAGUAUCCGAGCGGUCACAGGUCCAAUCGCGCAACCAAGCACGGCUACUGGAAGGCCACUGGAAGGGACCGGAUGAUACGGUCUUCUGGGGGGAAGGGUUUGGUUAUCGGCAUGAAAAAGACGCUGGUUUUCCAUGAAGGACGAGCUCCAAAGGGUGUCCGGACUUACUGGAUUAUGCACGAGUACCGCACAACUGAGCCGGAAUUUGAAUCUGGUGAUGAGGGCAGUUAUGUCCUUUAUCGCUUAUUUAACAAAAAGUCUGAAGAGAAAAGUCCCAGCUCCAAGACUGAUGACUCGGAGAUCCAUGAUUUUUCCCCUGAUGGAAUGCAAAACGGUGUUGAUGCUGUAGGGGAAAUUGAAAUUCAGUCAAACCAUGAAUCUCCAAAGUCUGUCUUGCAAGAAGGACCGAUAGAGAGUCCUGGUUCUGCUAAAAAGCAGCUCGACGGUAUUGAGAUGUGGGUUGCUGAUAAAGGUCAGUGUUCAACUAGAGCCCCUGUAAACCCAGAGACAGAUUGCUGUAAUAUGGCUUUGCUCAAUGAAGAGACUAAAUUGGGAGAAACGGCUGACCCUCUGCAAGAUUUUUUAUUCCAACUUUGUGAUGGUGUGGAUGAACGAGUAGGCCAUGGUUUUUCCAAUAUCAGUUCUCCAAUGCUGCAAAUCCCAGACAAUCCUUCGAGCAGUGUCAUGAACCAGGAAUCCCAUAUGGGAUCCAAUCCAUUUGAUGAUGAUGACUAUCUGAAUGCAUUAUUGAACUCAAUGCUUGAUUCAGAUGAUUGUUCUUCUGGUGCAUGUAGCUUUCCAAAAGAAUCGCCUGCUGAGAGUUUAGUCAAACAGGCACCCCCCUGGGAUUCUGCAUCAUGCAAGGAUAGUGGAUCAAACAGUGAAAUAGAGAUUGAACCGUGUUUAACCCAGGGUGCUACUUCUCAGCGGUUUCAUGAGUCAUCUCUUUGGUCGAGUGAUUUGUUGCAGAUGGAUGGUUCUUCUCUAUAUCCUGAAUCGGCAACUCAGUUAAGCACCGUAUAUGAAAAUGCUAGUCUAUUUCCUUACGGCAUUACUGGGCCAGACGGAUAUUCAGUUGAUGCUGGUGCAGAAUCUAUGGACGAAUUGUUCAACAGUAUUGAGGAAUUUAAUAACCUGAGCAAAAUAUCUGUUACCACGGAAGAAGAUUCCGAGAUGCCUGGAAUCAAGAUCAGGAGUCCUCAGACAAAUAAUCAUGAACCACCCUCGAGCAAUUCAUUAUCGAAGCAGGGCAUAGCAAUAAGAAGGAUCUGUUUGCAAGGUUACAUCGGGGUACCGUCUACUGGUGCUGAUGCUGAUACUGAAAGUAACCACAUGGUUGACGAUGAAGACAAGAAUUCAAUUCCAAAAGCAUCACAGACUUUGUCUGACAGCACCGAAGAAUCUUCUUCUGAUAAGAGUAUAACUGAUAAACUUAAUGAGAGCAUGGAGAUUGGAAUCAAGAUAAGAGAUCGAGGAGUGCAACAUUCUCCAAAUGCACUUUCCCCACAGGAUAAGCAUUCGAGUAACAAGAGUCUGCUGCAAUCAACUUCUGAUAGUGAAUCACAAGUUGGAGAUAACGAUACCGAGGAAGUGGAAAAUAUUGAGCAGCAGCAUGCUGGAGAUUCUUUGGGUGACAAGAUUUCUGAAGGCAAGGAGAAUACUUUGCCGACUUCUCCCAAUAAGCUCGAGCAGUUUUCUAUUCAUGAUGCAGAUGAAACAACUAGUUCUUCAAGUAACCACCAAAACCCUGAGUCUAUGAUGAGGCUAAGGAAGAAAUCAGCAGAUGGCUGUGAUAAGUCAGUCAAGCAGUCUUCAAAUUCGAUGGGAUUGAUGAAUCAUUCAGUUGUUGCUCAUAUGAUCUAUCUGGUUCUCUCACUGAUGGUUUUGCUAUUUGUUUCUGGGAUUUAUCGGUUAGGGAUCUCAACUGUGGAGUAGUUAUGUGGUAGAUUCUAGCUGUGUCUAAGAGUUAUGUGGUAGAUUCUAUGCUAAUUUUUUUCGGUUUCAUGGCGAUGUUAAAGGUUUAGAAGUUCUGUUGUCAAGCUUGUGUAUUUUUUUCUUUUGGCUUUUUUUGGAUAGCUGACUCUUAUUUAGCAUCUAAAUUUGUAUCUAUGAGUUAUUUUGGUUUCUAGUUUAUAAAAUUAUUUUUGGGUGUGCUCCA